AAGUCGCGAUGCGUGGACUUGCAGCUGUUUGGCAAGCUUCCAUGAUUUGACAGCCUCAUUUACGCUUCUCACGAUUUCCCCCAAAUAACCGGCCAAACACCCGAAUUUUUGCUUCAAGCCUCGUACAUCCCAUCAGAACCAUCACAUCCGAAGCUAUGGCGGACCGGUACUCGUUCUCCUUGACGACCUUCUCCCCCAGCGGGAAACUGGUGCAGAUUGAGUACGCCUUGAACGCAGUCAACCAGGGUGUCACGGCGCUUGGAAUUAAAGCUACGAAUGGAAUAGUCCUAGCCACCGAGAAGAAGUCAUCAUCCCCGCUCGCCGACCCCUCCUCCUUGUCCAAGAUCAGCCUCAUCACCCCCAACAUUGGCAUGGUUUAUUCAGGCAUGGGCCCCGACUACAGAGUUCUCGUCGACAGAGCGCGCAAAGUCUCCCACACUGGCUACAAGCGAGUCUACAACGAGUAUCCCCCGACCAGGAUAUUGGUGCAAGACGUUGCCCGAGUGAUGCAAGAGGCCACACAAUCUGGUGGUGUUCGACCGUACGGUGUCAGCUUGUUGAUCGCGGGAUGGGACGAAGGCAUCAUGCCGGAAGAAGAGGCCGAAGUCCUGGGCGAGGGAGAAGACGUGGAGCCUUCCAAAAAGCCCAAUGGUAAGACUGGCGGCAUUCUCAAGGGUGGGCCGAUGUUGUACCAAGUCGACCCGUCCGGAAGUUACUUCCCAUGGAAGGCGACGGCCAUUGGCAAGAGCGCAACGACGGCCAAGACCUUCCUGGAGAAGAGAUACACCGAGGGCUUGGAGCUCGAGGAUGCAGUGCACAUUGCGUUGUUGACGUUGAAGGAGACCAUCGAGGGCGAGAUGAAUGGAGAGACCAUUGAGAUUGGCAUUGUGGGCCCACCAGCCGACCACCUCCUCGGUGUUGAGGGUGUGGAGGGAGCUACUGGCCCCCGGUUCAGAAAGCUGACUCCUCAAGAGAUUGAGGACUACUUGACAAAUCUGUGAUCAUAGGCGUUAUGGAUUGCUUGCGGAAGGACGGCACCCACUUGUACUAUAGAGGAUGAUAGAGGGCCAAUAAGGCAAACUAU